AUGGCGCAGCCGUCGUCGUCGUCGUCGGAGGUGCCGCAGGCGCGGGCGAGGUACGUGCAGGCCGCGGCGGCGAGCGCCGGCGUGCAGUUCAACGAGGAGAUGCGGUGGCUGUGCCGGGUGCGGGAGGCACUGGAGCACGCGUCGGCCGAGUCGCUGGGCGCGUUCCCCAAGGUGUUCGACGUCCCGCGCGCCCUGCGCGACACCAAGCCCGACGCGUACGCGCCGCAGCACUUCGCCCUCGGCCCCUACCACCAGUCCCGCCCCGACCUAAAGGACAUGGAGCGCUACAAGCUCGCCGCCGCCAAGCGCGCCGAGCGGCUCUUCGCCGGCGACCACAAGAUCCCCGACCUCGUUUACCGCUUCCUCACACUCCAGGGCGAGAUUCGAGGGCCAUACCACAGGAUCCUGGAGCUCAGUAAUGAGACGCUGGCAUGGAUGAUGGCCGUCGACACGUGCUUCCUACUCGACUUCCUCCUUGGUCGUUACCAACAGGACGAGGUGGCCACGGACACGAACCAGAUCCCGCUCGUGCUCUUCUUCAGGAACCUGGAGCUCCGCUACGCCUCUGAGCAGGCCGCCGCCGACGUGCUGCGCGCCGUCCUCGACCGCUUCAUCAAGGACGUGUGCCCCAUCAAGACCUAUGCCUCCACGGCCGUCCCCGACUUCACCAAGCAAGCGCACCUUCUCGAGCUCCUCUACCACUUCCUUGUCCCGACCACGGCCGUCUUCGACGACAACAGCGGCCAGGACAUUCCACCACCAGCUCUGGAGCAUGACCAGGCCGACGACGGCGGAGACCUGGAGAAGCAGAUCCCGGCGGAGUACGACAAGGUGAAGCGGGCGUGCCUGCAGGUGUCCAGCAUGCGGUUCGUGAAGGAGAACCUCAUCUCCCGCCCGAAGAACCUCUCGGGGCAGCUCGUCCGAAAGAUGCCGCCCGCGCUCUCCGGGCUGCUGCCGGUCGUCGGCAAGAUGAUCGCAUCCGUGGACAUGAAGGCGCGCCUCAAGGACGUGAACAUGGGGACGAACAUCGUCGACUCGCCGCUGGCGCAGGAGAUCAAGAUCCCGUCGGUGACGCAGCUGGCCGGGUGCGGCGUCCGGUUCCUGCCGUCGCCGGAGGGCAUCGCGGGGGUCGCCUUCGACGAGAAGACGGCGACGCUGAGCCUCCCCGUCAUCGUGCUGGACAGCAACACCGAGGUGGUCCUGCGCAACCUGAUGGCCUACGAGGCGGUCGCCGUGCAAGGGCCGCUGGUGCUCGCGCGCUACACGGAGCUGAUGAACGGCAUCGUCGACACGGCCAAGGACGUCAAGAUCCUGCAGCAGAGCGGCGUGGUGGUGAACCGCAUGAAGAACAAGGCGGAGGCGGCGAGCAUGUGGAACGGGAUGUGCCGGGCCACGCGGGUCAGCAGGGUGCCGCGCCUGGACGCCGUCAUAAAGGCCGUCAACGCGCACCGGGACAAGACGGCGUCGGCGCGGGCGCAGAAGCUGCUCAAGAAGUACGUGUUCGGGUCGUGGAAGAUACUCACGCUGCUCGCCUCGGUCUCGUUGCUGCUCAUGACGGCACUGCAGACCUUCUGCUCCACCUACCCGUGCCAAAGCACCUGGUUCGGACACAUACUGCCGUCGUCCUAG